AUUACUUUAACUUCCGUUUCUUGCUUAAUCUACUUAGCCUCUUUGAAAUCAAUUUUAACGGGAAAAUAUGGCAACAGCCAGUGAUAUAAAUCUAAUAGAAUCAGGCAAACAAUUUGUAAAUGUUUUUGUUACGAGUAAUUUCAAUUCUUUUAUGUCGGAAAGAAGAUUUGACAGAGGAAUGACUGUGUUAGAAUUGAAACAAAAGAUGGAAUUAUUAACGGGAGGCUCUAUGCACACAAUGACCAUUGUAGUAAAAACAAAAGAGGAAAAAAUAGUUUGUUCGUUAGAUAAUAAUGAUGCACUUCUGGGUUCGUUUCAUAUUGAUGACGGUAUGAUCUUGCACGUUGAAGAUAAAAGUACUCGUGUAGGAGAAUUUGAGGAUACAAGCGCCGUUCCAAAAUUUGAAAUGUCAACAGAUGACUAUAAUAAAAGAUCAGAUUCGGUUAAGGCUUUCAAACUACGAAAUAAAUUGGGUAGAUUUUCGGACACACACAUGGUCGAUGAAAAGGAAAGGGAGGAAGAAGAGAAAAGGAAGUUGGCUGAGGAACAGGCGGCAGCUGACCGCAUAAAAACAGGCGAUAGAUGUGAGGUACGUACAGCUGGUAUGCCAACUCGUCGAGGAACUGUCAGAUAUGUUGGGAAAACGAAAUUUAAGGAAGGGUUUUGGGUAGGAGUUCAAUACGAUGAGCCUCACGGCAAAAACGACGGAAGCGUGGGCGGGCAUAGGUAUUUCGAAUGUCCAAACAAGUACGGAAGUUUCGUAAAGCCUAAUCAAGUAACUGUGGGCGACUUUCCAGAAGAAGAUUUUGAUCUAGACGAGAUGUAG